CACAGGUCGGAGGUGGUCGGCGAACACACGUUUGAGUGGCACCUCACCGUGCAUCAGAUAAGACCGCAAUUAAACCACGUUAUACACAGUGAUAUUUCUUUUAUUGUAGUGUAAAGGGGCAGGAUGCUCCGGAGUGGUCGUUUGAUUUAUCGGUGAUCUUGGUAUCAGGUCUGACAGGAAGUUUAAUCAACCGCGGUGCGAACGUGCGAGUCGAGAGGAAGGUGCUAUCUUUAGCGAAAAUGACUUUCAACCGGUUGCUGUCCAGGGCUGUUUUCGUCAGCAGAGCUGGCUGCAGGUCUGCUUUCACAAGCUCCAAGCCUGAUAUGACCAACCCCAACUGGUUCAGAGUGGGUCUUGCUUUUGGAACAUCUGCUUUCCUAUGGGGCUUGCUCUUCAAACAGCACAGCACAGACACUCAUGAGUACAAAGUGAGGAAUGGCCUGGAAUAACCUACAAAACUCACAGGAGGUUGUUGGUGCACAUUUGUCUGCUUCUUUCUGGUUUGUCUCUUCCCCGUUCCUCAACGUGGAUUACGUUUAUAUUGUUACGGAUUUGUUUUUUCAUUACCAUGUGGUGGGGCGUGGUCUGCAGUGCCGCUGCAGGGGAGCUGAGCUUCCUCCCCAUGCACCACCAGCUCACCCACCUCAGCCUGGGCCGGAGGUCAGCGAGUGUGAGGAACCUGCCACGCCGUCACUGGAGGUCGGGUCCUGCCAAGCCUGAGGAGAACUGAUGGAUCGAUAGGCAGUGAUGUCAUACCUGUUGAUGGUGAUAUUGCUGCAAAGGUGGCCCAACCAGUUAUUAGGUUUAGGGGACAAUCACUUUUUCACACGGGGCCAUGUCAGUUUACAUCUUUUUUUUCCCCCUUAAUAAUAAAUACCGUCAUUUAGAAACUGCAUUUUGUGCUUAC